AUGCCGAACAUCAACGACAUCGCGAUCGAGGUGUCAAGUUGGAAAAUGAACAUCGUGCUGGGAUUGUCAGGCUACUCCCCACCACCAGUACCGCCAACACAGCCGCCGACGCUGCCACAAUUCUCCGCCACGCUCGCUCUCAAACCUACUGUCUUUACUGUGAUAACCCGUACAAAUCAUGGCACACUGCGCCAUCGUCCAGCAUUCGGUCUUGUCAGAGGUCAGUAUCGUAAUGACGCUGAUGUGAUCACGCAGGAGUUCAUUUCUGAACAAUAUCUUACAACACUACCUCGCUCGUAUAUAACCCAGUAUGAUGUAUUCACAUCUCGCCCACAUGCACACUACUCGCGCAGCCGGCCAGGAACAUUCGCCCGCAGUGCGAAACAGGCCCUCGUCAUCUUUUCGCCUUCGUCCGGAUACCACGGUUGGUAUCACUGCAGAUCUAUCUUGGAACAAGAGCGCGUUGACGAGCUCACAGACAUGCUCUCUGUUUGCACCUUACACGAUUACCCUUGCGACGAUCCUCAUCUUGUCGAGGGUAUCUGUCAUGGCUUGGCUUCUUUGACUAUCUCAGACCCGCUCGUGAUCAUCAAGAAUGCGGCAUCCUCGUGCGAAGAGGUCGAUCAACUUGCCCGUCGCGUUGCCCUAUUGAGGAUCAUUGAUGAUUUCGCCGACGCGGUAGACUGUAUGGGGGCUUCAUUCGACAGCGACCUCACGCUGGUGGAAUGCCCAGGAGCUACUAUGGAGUCUGAAAUCUUCAAAACAGUACAUAUUGCAACAGCUGACACAGCGGAACUUGGCGUUCUGGAUUUCGAGCCUGACAAGGAGCGUCUGUGGACAGAAAAUACCAUGUGGAAGCCACCGUUUUCUUCCAUAGAUGCGGAUCAACAUAACAAAACUGAACGUCUCAGUUUAGAUGAUCCCAUCUUCCCAUCUUCCUGUCUGUCAUGCACACGCAUGUUGGCCCACGCCCUGCCACACAUACUUCCUUCUGCCCUCUCGCCGCUCACUUCAACUGAAGUCCUGGAGACCUUGCAUCGCGUAGCCCGACCUGACCUAUUCUUUCCUCUUCCCCCGAUGGUCAGUCUCUUGAUCGACGUUGACUGA